GACCUGUCAGUCAACCCUACCCAAAGCACAGGGAAAGGGGUGCGCGCCUGGCUGAUGGCAUUUAAUAAUCGCCUCGGAAGACGUAGCAGGACCUUGACUUACAUCGAUUGUGUUAAGAUAAUGUAUUAAUACAAAUAGACUCGCAUAGUUAAUAGAAGUGUAGGAAUACAGCGUUUCUGGAGAGGCGGUUGUCCUGGACACCCCUGCUCGGCAGCGGAUGGGCGCUGCGAUCCGGGCUCGGCCCCCGUGCAGCGCUCACGGCAACCGCUUGCAGACGCGACGCAGCGCAGAGGCUCUGUCCUUUACUGGGUACCGCUCAAAGUCAUCCCGCUGCUUUCCAUCAUCUGCACACUCACCUGCUGCUUUAUUUCCUUAUUUCUCUCAAGGAGCCGUGAUCUGUCAGAGGCAGCUGUGCAAUUGCAUGCCCCGCGGACCAAACCAAAGAGCGGAGAAUGAACAUGUCAGUGAUUUCUCUGCAGGAAUAUGAGUUUGAGAAACAUUUCGAUGAAAGGGGAGCCAUCGCAUGGAUGCAGGAAAACUGGAGCAAGUCGUUCCUGUUUUCUGCAGUUUAUGCUGCAUUGAUCUUUGCAGGGCAGUAUUACAUGAGAGAGCGAAGGAAAUUUGAGCUUCGAAAACCAUUAGUCUUGUGGUCACUGAGCCUCGCAUUAUUCAGUAUACUUGGUGCUUUCAGAACAGGAUGGUACAUGUGGCACGUACUUUAUACCAGUGGCUUCAAGCAAUCUGUGUGUGACCAGAGCUUCUACAAUGGACCAGUCAGCAAAUUCUGGGCAUAUGCAUUUGUCUUGAGUAAAGCCCCAGAACUAGGUGAUACAGUAUUCAUCGUCCUACGGAAACAGAAGCUGAUAUUCUUACACUGGUAUCACCACAUCACAGUCUUGCUCUACUCCUGGUAUUCCUACAAAGACAUGGUCGCAGGAGGCGGCUGGUUCAUGACGAUGAACUAUGGUGUCCACGCCUUCAUGUACUCAUACUACACCCUGCGUGCAGCGGGCUUCCACGUGCCACGCCGGUUUGCCAUGCUGAUCACCCUCACCCAGAUAAUGCAGAUGGUAAUGGGAAUGCUGGUGAACGUGCUGAUUUACAUGUGGAUGGAGGAGGGCCUUUGCCCUUCUUUCUUUGAAAAUAUCAUCCUGUCUUCCAUUAUGUAUUUUAGCUACUUCCUGCUCUUUUGCUGCUUCUUCUAUGAGACCUACCUGAGUAGAAAGAAGGGUUUAAAGACCGCAUAAGCUCAGGCCCAGUAAUGGGAUGAAUGGAGUCAUGUCAGGCAUGGAUGGUGUUAAGAUUUUUUGUCAAGACGGUUUGGGGUGACUUGACACCAACUGUGGACUGACUUUUGAUAGGAUUACACUCUUCCAUGUUCACGCUUCCCACUGCGCUCUCCAUUAGGUGGUGUUGACUGACACUACCCAUUCCUGGAAACACUGAUGGUAUCGGUGCUGGGGCAGGCUGGCCCCACAGUGUCGACUGUCAGAACCCUGUCCUUUCCUUGUUUUUGAUAAGCCGCGCGCGAUGUUGAGACAGAAUAGAGAGUGCAGAAGUGGUAAAGAGGAAACGAGUGGGAUCAUGCCAAAGAUUAACCAUGGGUUGUGGUGUGUUUGAUUGGAGAUCACAGAAGAAGUCAUACUGUUCUAGCUUCGGUUUCCUGCCUGAGCUUCACCCUGUGUUAUUCUGCAGUCAAAACACAAGGGAAAAGGACAGAGAGUAUUGGAAGUACAGCAAAUUUAAUACCAGUUCAAAACAAACUUAUGUCUCAGAGUUUUAUAGGCUUUGUUUCACUGCAGUCCAGCUAAAUAUUGUGUAGAGUAGGCUUUGAGGGAUCCUAUAUCUUUUCCACAAUAAAAUAUCACACUGGCAUUUUCCCUAUGCUAAGAGACAUAUGCGUUUGGAUUUAACACUAGAGUUUGGCCUGUUGACUGCACAUAUCAACAGAAGGUAACAAAGUUAGCGUUUGGUAAGUUUAUCGUCUUACCAGAAGCUCGACAACAGAGCUAUUUGUUCUAUUUAUACAGGUGAAAGACACAAGGGAGUUCUUCCUUUGUCAUGUGUACUGUUGCCUCUAAAUGAAUAGAGUGUAAAUGUAAUUUCUCAAGGAACCAUAUCCCAUUGUAUAAAACUGCACUUACUUACCUACUGCUUGUUACACCACUGGGGCUUAGGGGAGCAGUGAAGGCCUUCCAUCUUCAUUGCUGUUUCCGUAACAAUUUCUUUUUGUGACCGGUCAGGGUUGUUAGCCCUAACCUGAACCCUUGGGCCUGGAGGACUGGUGGACCACUCUUACUCUGGCCUCUACCCUUUGACCUGUUUGGCAUGGGUGACCCUACCAAGAGCCAAAGCACAAGGCCCUGACUCCAGCCAACAUAGCUCUCUGGGUCAUUAAGGCACACAAGCCUCCAAACCCUACGACAAGGUUGUAGUCUGAGGAUAAAACCGCACCUUGAUCAUUAAGUAACGAGUUUUUUAAUGUAAUAGGGAUGGUUGCGGGACAGAAACGUGCUGACUAGUUUUCUGAAUUUUAACAGGUUGAUCUAUUAAGUAUUUGUGAAACUGCUGCUAGCAGUUAUUGUUGGUGGUAUUGAGUACAGAAAUGCUGAGCACAUUCCUCUGUCCACCUCUUUAGAGAAAGUUAACCAAAUUAAUGUAAAUAAGCACAUCUCCAUCAAAAUAGCUUGAGGCCUCAUGCAGAUGUUUCUGUAAGAAGAAGAGAAAAGUACUGACUCUGCCCGGAUCACCAACAACAGCAUGUAGAGCUCAGUACGGCCAAACCAACUUCUAGAUUUCAAGUCAUUAAAAUGUUCUCCUGCAGUGUAAAAGUAGUCUUUUGGUUUACCAAAGCAUUCCCAAUGGAUUGUCCUUAAUGUUAAUCACAAUGCACCGAGUCCUUCAUUAUGAGGAUCAGUCCUUAUAUAGAUUUUGAACUUGCCCCCUCUGUUCUUUUAGGCAUACAUUUUGGCACUUCUCUGACAAGUUUGUUAAACAUAAGUUUCAUGAUCAUAAAACUGUAAGAGAUAGGAGCAGAGUCAGGCUAUUUGGUGCAUCGAGUCUGCUCAUGGCUGAUUUAUUAUUCUUCUCAACCCUAUUCUCCCGGCUUCUUCCUGGAACUUGUGAUGCCCUUGCUAAACAAGAACUAUCAACCUCCACUUCAAAUAUACCCAAUGACUUGGCCUCCACAGCCAUUUCUGGCAAUAAAUUCCACAGACUUACCACCCUCUGGCUAAAGAAAUCAGUACUUGUGCAAUGCUGAAUUCUUGGUUUUUUAAAGAACAGUUUGGGAACUAAUCAGAGAGGAGACUCGCGAUCAUAUAAUGUUUUUGUAUCCAUUUGGUGUAGUCCAUGACACAAGAUGAUUACAUGAAUGGAUGCUCUUGGGUGCUGUCGCAUGGCCACUCAGUACUGAGGGUGCUGAAGGAGCAGUACAGCUUUGUUGGUUUGUGUAGCUGCUGGAUUAAUUGGCCAGAGGAGCCAAUAACAGAGGGAACUUGAUUGCUGUUCUCACCUGUGGUUAGAUGAUAGCAGAUCUCCAAAGUUAGGCUCUGUGGUCCGUGGUUCACACUGCAGUACAAAGCCAACUUCAGCCUUUCAGAGAAUUCCACCAGACCAGAGGUGAUACUGCAACAGGUUAACAAAAGAGCUUUUAUCAAAAAACCCCGCAAGAGUAGAUCAUGAAAAAAGCACACACAUUCCUCUUAGAAUUUACUAGAAACCUGGCUUUUGUAUGCUCUGUAAAACUUAAGUAAACUUGAUUCUACAGCAGACUUCAUAGGGGAUUAUUUAGAAUAUUAAUAGCAGGCAAAUGCUUUUUUCUCUUUUUCCCUCUCUUUUUCCAUCUACUCUCCCCCCCCCCACACACACAAACACAUACAUAUUCUUCUAAUAUUCACUGUUAUUCACUCAUGCCUGUAAUGAGUUGAGAAUAGAUCUCUUAUCCAACUUUGUGAACAGGCAGUUAGUUCAUGUGUGUGUCUUUGUAGCAUUCUUUGAGUAUACAAAUAGUGAAGAGUGCAGUAGAUUUGAUAGUUAGAAUUUACUUGACACUGAGAGCAACAGGCAAGAUGCUGGAGGAACUCAGCAGGUCAGGUGGCAUCAAAGGAGGGAAAUGGACAGUUGAUGU